CCACCCCCCUCCACUCACCCCCCCACCCAGUAAUAAGCUCUCCUGCCAUCUGUCAGAGCUGCUGCUGAUUGGCUGAAGACAGCAAUGUCUGAAGACGACACUGGCUGGCAGGCUGCCUGGAAGAAGGGGCGGGGAUGUCAGCUGAUUGAUAGAGAGGAGGAGGAGGAGAAGGAGGAGGAAGAGGAGGAGUCAGAGGAGGAGGAGGAGGAAGAGCAGCUGAGUCGAGUCUGUAAAUCCACGAUGAGCCGGCUCUGCUGCAGACAACAAGUGUGCGGAGACAGAGAGAGGGAGGAUAAAACCAGGUUACUCUGUAACAGAGGGAGAGAGUGACGGGACGGGAGAGAGCGGAAAAGGAGGUUACCACGGCAACUCCUGGGACGUCGCUGCAGCGGCGGCGAGGACACCAGGACACGCAGAUUGAAGAGAUGAUGAGCAAAUGGAGGACAGAUCUGGGAGUCCAGCUGGACCUCUGACACCCAUCAAACAGAUUGGCACUUUCCUGGGUACCAGGAGGCUGACAGACUCUUUGCACAAAUAGCAAAGGUCCAAAGACAAAGAAAGAUCAGGGUGUUCAGGUGCCAGCAUGUCCCAGGCAGGCAAAGUCCUCCACCUGUACGUUGAGGUGAGGUCGGUCACUGAGGAGGAAGGAAAGGUGCAGGGACGAGGAGAUGAUGGGACCACUCACCUGAUGCUUCAGUGCCCAGACGUCCUCCCUCACUCCCAGAGAAGCUCCAGCCCCAACCGCAGUCAGAAUCAUUCUCCAGUUCCUCAACACCAAAGUGGGGUCGGAAGCCACAGCUUACCCCCAUCAAAGUCUUCCUCCAGGCACUCAGUCAGCUUCCAACUCCAAAACCCUGAUGCCACAGGAUCCCCCACCCAGUUCCAGCGGCAGGAUGUAUUUCAUGACAGUUUCGGUCAAUUCCUCCAGGUGCUUGCACCUGGAUCGACUGGUCCAGGCCAGCAUGGCUCAUUGGGACGCACCUGCUCCUCUGACAUGGAUCCCUUCCAGGGAAGAGUGCUUAUCUCCCCAUCUUCUACAUCUUCUGGGACGCUAACUGUUCCCUCCACACCUACCAGCAACCGUAGGUCCUAUGAAGGCCCAAGGGUGGAGGGUGAGGAGGGGAAGACAUCUGUAGUGACUUUUGGCUACAUAGAGAAAUCUAAUGUUCACAGCAUGGGGGGUCGGCGUAGCUCUAUGUGCCAAAGUGAGUUGGACAAUACUUUUAACAGACUGGAGAGGCAGCAGCUGCCUGGCCACCUCCGAAAGAGGUUGAGUGACCCAGUGUGGUACAAUGGGCAGCCAGAGCAGGGCGACCCUUACUCCAGUCACUCAUACCCAUCUCAGACUCAGUCCCCACAGGGCUCGCCUUACCUGCAGAGGGCUGUGGCAGAUGCAGUUGCCAGAGAUGCCACCUACAGGGCCUUGGAGGAGUUUGGAUCCCCAGAGCUUAGGCGCAGAUUUGCUGGUCACAGCCCAGAGAAUUGCAGCCCAACCCUACCACGGCACUACCAGUCCCCUCGCUGCCGGUCCUGGGGGGGUUCACCUGUCCUGCCCCGCAAUACCCACACCCUGCCAUCCAAGGCUCAGCUUCUGGAGAUGGACAGGGGAAUCUGCCGUAGUUCAGUGAAUGGAUUACCCAGAAGUCCUGCCUCUGACCACCUGUGUGCCCACAUUGGGUACUCCUCCCAGUCACCAGCCCCAAUCCUUCGCUCUCAUGGCCCACCCCAGAGCCAACAAAGGCCAUGGAUGGGGGACGAGAGCCCCAAGUUGUCCAGCAAAUUUCACCCACCUUUACCAGCAGGGAGACCCACAGACAUCCAGCAUGAGAUUCCAACUAGCAUGUUCCCUACCAGCAACCAUUCCAAUUCCGGCUACCACGCUAGUGGGAACCCCCAACACAGUGUUAAUAGUAGCUACAGUGCUAACAUCACCAACACCAGUCAUAAUGCUACAGACAGUAUACACUUCAGUACUAAUGAGAACUUAUCCAGCAAGCCUCACUACAAAUCGUCACGCUGCAGUAGCAGAGCCAGUGACACAGCCAGCCCCACCAACGGCAGGAGGAGCAUCUCCCCAUCCCCAAAUGCUGAAGUGGCUUCUAGGUUAGCUGCAGAGGCUACCAAACUGUCCACCAUUUUUGCUGAAAGGCGGACUCCCUCUCCAACACCUUCUCAAGCUGAGUCACUGCGGUCAGAGAGUCCCAGGAUGGGAGGGUCGUUCCUGAGAGAAUCCCAACCUUAUGCCACUCUUCAUGGGCGAAGCUCCCCUGAGCCCGUGCAGGCCGACAGCCAGAACCACAGAUGGAAACCAGACAAAGCAAUACCUCAGACCAGACCAGGACGUAUCUCACCUCUCUUACCCCACAAAGGCCUGUCUUCACCAGCAUCUCCAGCCCUGCCAGCCAGGUUGCACCGUGCAGCCGCCUCUCAGUCACCAGUCUUGGACCCACGGCAUCAACGGGGUUCAUCACCCACUAAGGACGUGUCAGCCCUGCACCGCUACCAGCAGCCACAGUACACUGGAGACCACAGAUCGCCUGGCAUGGAGCAGAAGCAACAUGAUCACCUCUUUGACAGAUCACUUAGGGACAGCCCUGAACUCUCCAGGAGACUUCUCUCCAGCCAGAACACAGAAGCACUGCCUGUGAGCUGGACCUCCAGGCACCAGCAGUGGAGGGAAGCCGGACCAGUCCAGGAUGGGGACGAACUCUGUGAAGACAACUACAGACAGUCCACCUCAAGAGUUUACACUCCAAGCAAAGAGGAGUACCACAGGAAGGUCGGAGGAGACAAAAUGCUAAAGACAUCAGUACAGGAGUACCACACGCCGGUUAUAAGUGUGUCCAAGGAUGAGAGGGAGGAGGUUCAGGAUCACAGCGGGGCUGCUGGGACGUCCUCUCAAAGCUCCAGUGGAGUAACAGGCAGCAUGGGAGACAGUUCGCAGCUGGACAGAAACGACAGUCUGUCCCCCGAAACCUCGAGCCAGUCCAGCCACGAUACGACAGACACCGGCUCGGGGUUACAGUCUGACGGCGGCUCGACGACAACUCCAUCCUCGCGGUCGCAGAAGAUCGCUCGUGCCAAGUGGGAGUUCCUGUUCGGAGGUCAGACGGAGGAGAGUCGCUGCAGUAAAGGUAAAGACGUUCCGUCCACGACGCCUCCUACCAGCGGCUCUCCCAGCCCUACCCCUCCCUCCUCCCUCCAUCUGAAACCAGCCAACCAGAGGAGGGGGCGGGACAACGAGGGUCCAAAGUUGUCACAUCACGAGGUGCGGCAGAUUGAGGUGGAGCUGGUAACCCCUGACUUCCGUGGCUCCACCCCCAAGACGGGCAUCAUCCGCCGAACCAUCAAAUACUCUGAGACGGAUCUUGACGCCGUUCCACUGCGGUGCUACAGGGAGACCGACCUGGACGAGGUGAUGCGGGCGGAGGCCGAGGCAGCCGAGGAGGCGGACUCGGCCUUUGGGAGUAACCGCAGUGUCUUGGGAAACUCCAGCUUCAGCCCCGCCGAGGCUUCGCCAAAACCCCGGACAGGUGUGGGGAAGGUGGAGGAAGAUGGGGAGGAGGAGGAGGAUGAGGAAGAGGAGGAGGAGGAAGAGGAGGGAGUGGUGAGCUGGGCCAGUGUGCGGAUGCUGGGAGACCGACAGAGACAAAGAGCUACCGAGGAGGAGGACGAGGUGUUCAGUCUGCUGCUGAAGGGGCCGUUGGGGACGUCUGACUCACAUGGUGGCCUCAAGUCUCCGAUCUCAAUCGGCAGCCCACGCCGACCCUCCGAGAGCAACCUGGACUCCUUCAGCCGCCACUUUGAAAGCAUCAUGGAGUCUCACCGAGCCAAAGGCACCUCGUACAGCAGCCUGGACAGCGUGGACCUUCUGACCUCUGGAUCCACGUCUGUGUUCACCUUCGAUCUGCCCACCCUCACGCCGGAGAUCCAGAGUCAGAUCUGCGAGAGCGCCAAGCAGAUCAUCGAGCUGAGCUUCGCCCCGCUGGCCCGUCCCGACCCGUCUGCUCCCUCAGAGACGUCCCGCUCUGAAAUCACCCUCAGUGCCUCGGGGACGGGGCUACGCGGCGGCUCCAAAGACGACCCCGGCCCUCCGGUUCGGUCCAAGUCGGAGAAAGAGUCGUGGCGUCGCUCCAUCCUCAAAGACGGCUUCCGCAAGGCAAGCUCAGCUCCGUCGCUUCACAGCAGCCCCAGGGAGCGUCCGGUGAACCGCCCUCCCGAGCUGCUGUACCCACAGGCUGACGUGGCGGAGCGUCUGGCUCUCGGCGGCAGCGACGAUGCGCUGGCCAACGGCACGAAGCCCGACCUGCAGGCGGCCAAGCGUCUGGCCAAACGCCUCUACAACCUGGACGGCUUCAGGAAGUCGGACGUGGCUCGACACCUCAGCAAGAAUAACGAGUUCAGUCAGAUGGUGGCGGAGGAAUAUCUCAGUAACUUCAGCUUCAGCGGUCUGACCAUCGAUCAGGCGCUCAGGACGUUUCUGAGCCGCUUCGCUCUGAUGGGAGAAACUCAGGAGAGAGAAAGAGUCCUCGCUCAGUUCUCCAGGAGAUACAGACAGUGUAACCCAGAGAGCCUCACCACUGAAGACAGCGUCCACACUCUGACCUGUGCCGUCAUGCUGCUGAACACCGACCUUCACGGGAACAAUGUGGGGAAGAGGAUGUCCUGCAGUCAGUUCAUCACCAACCUGGAGGGUCUCAACGACGGAAAAGACUUCCCCAAAGAUCUGCUGAAGACUCUCUACAGCUCCAUCAAGAAUGAGAAGCUUCAGUGGACCAUUGAUGAGGAGGAGUUGAGGAAGUCCAUGUCGGAGCUGGCUGACGUCCGAACAGACUCGGCCUCCCACACCAUGAAGCGCCUGGGAAGUGGAGGGAACCCACUGGUGGGCGUUGCCCAGCAGGCCGAUGGCGAGCUCUACAAGAGCGGCUUCCUGGUCCGCAAAGUCCACGCCGACCCCGACGGAAAGAGAACUCCGCGGGGCAAGAGGGGCUGGAAGUCUUUCUACGCCAUGCUGAAGGGUCUGGUGCUCUACCUGCAGAAGGAUGAGUACCGUGCGGAGCGAGAGCUGACGGAGGAGGACGUAAAGAACGCCGUGUCCAUCCAUCACUCUCUGGCCAUGAGGGCAGCUGAUUACAGCAAGAGACCGAACGUCUUCUACCUGAGGACGGCCGACUGGAGAGUCUUCCUGCUGCAGGCUCCAAACGCAGAACAGAUGCAGUCCUGGAUCACGCGCAUCAACGUCGUGGCGGCCAUGUUUUCGGCUCCUCCAUUCCCGGCGGCGAUUGGCUCCCAGAAGAAAUUCAGCCGUCCUCUGUUGCCGGGAUCCAACACCAAACUGACCCAGGAGGAGCAGGUUAAAUCCCACGAGAACCGGUUCAGGGCGGUUUCCUCAGAGCUGGCAGAGCUCACGGCCUCCACACCAGACCGGAAGGUGAAAGGUCGCGAGCUGGAGGAACAGAAACUCCGACAGGAGUACCUGGAGUUUGAGAAAACCCGCUACGGUACGUACGCCAUGCUGCUUCGGGCCAAACUGUCAAGUGGAGACGAGGACCUGUCAGCCUUUGAGGCGCGGCUGUUUGAUGAUGGCGGCCUGCAGAGGGCACACUCCAGCCCCACGCUGCCUCAGGAGACAGCCAACAAGGAGAAGACCCGCGGAGGCAAGACGUCCAAAAGCUUAAAGGUCACGUCCUCCUCGUCCUUGACCUCCAAGACCAGCGGCAGCGCCAAAGAGGCAAGCAAGAAGAAGAAUGGCGGUGGUGGUGGAGGCGGUGGCGGUGGGAACAACCAGCAGCCGGAGCUGCAGAAACAGAGUAGCAAACAGGAAGAGGCGCCGUAAGGCGGCGAGAAGCAGGUUUGAUACAGAGUGUGUAGCUGGAGACGGACAAGAAGCAUCAUGGGUAGCAGGCUGACAUCCUCCUUUAAACCUUUUCUGUUAAACCUCAGUCAGAUUCUGAUUGGCUGAGGGGAUUUUCCUCCAGAGCCCGGCUGAGUCGUUCGAGGGCGGCGGGAGAGGAGACGCUCGUCACAAAGGAGGACGACCGUACGGACGAGUGGAGCGCCUUUCUUUUUCUUUUUUUUUUUUCUUCCACGAGUCGAAACAUUCAGGAAACACGAGCGAGGUGUGAAAUCUGAAGAGCGUCACUCUGAGUUUAUUUCUCGUCCAAACAUCCACCUCAGCAGGUCAGAGUUUCACAAUAAAAGCUUUACUUCCUGUCAGACCUUUUAUUUUCAGGGACUCUCUGAGCGAGUUUGAACCUCCUGCAGCAGCCGGCUGCUCACAAACACUUUGUAGGUACUGACCUCCUGCACGGCCGCCGCUCUGCUGCUUCUCCUAGCAACAGACGGGGGAGCAGGUUGCCAUGCCAACCAGAUAUGACAGACAGAGCGCGUGGGACUGUUGCCGUGGCGACCGAGCAGAAGGGGGAGCAGAGAGGGAGGGGAGAGAGACUCUGGAGUCAGGACUCCCCCGGCCAAACAAACAAACAAACAAACAAAUAGACAAACAGACCGAGGCUGUGAUGAUGCGUCACAGAACACAAUACCUCCUCCUCCUCCGCACUUCACAGACUGUGUGUGUGUGUGUGUGUGUGUGUGUGUGCGUGCGUGUGUGUCAUACUUCCAGGAGUGUAAAUACUAACUGAUGGAGGCUGAUCAGAGUCACUGCACUUCAUUUAUUUAUGUUGUUGUUGUUUUUUUCCUGGCUGAGUUCUGCUGGAACAAACAGGCUGUACGGAAGCUCAUUAGUGACCAAAAACUACUGACUGAGCAGAAACAAUAAUAAUUCAGACUUUAGUCAGCGACAUCAUCCCAUAGUUAUUGAUUAAUACUUUUUUAUUCUGCCUUAUGGAGAGCCGAUGUGACAAAGACGUCAAAUUUCUGUAAAUUUAUAUUCUGCGUGUUUGAUAAAUUGCUCACUGCUGGGUUCUUUGCAUUUAUUUAAAACCAUAAUGGUACCGAAUUUCAAUAUGCAUCCCCCGGUUGAGCGGAGCUUUUUGUAAACAUGUUUAAUGAUUUAAGACCCCGCCCCCAGUUGGAACAUACGGCCUUAUAUUGAUUAAAUAUAUUAAUAAUUAUAAUAUAUUUUACUUUUCUCAAAACAAAAUCAGUUUACAUCCUUUAUCUUAACCUGUCGCACUUUUUGCAAAUUCCAAAAAACAGCUCCCAAAUAUAAAAAAAUUCAGAAAAUUUUAAAAUUUAAUAAAAAACAUAAGAAUUUAAUAAACUGACACUACGCAACACCAGAUUACUUGAGCAAAUAGUAUUUAAAAGGCACAAUAAAUAAAAUGUACAUAUUAAACAUCAGUAUAAAUAAAAUAAGGAAUUUCUGUGUUUCUUUGUUUGACAUUAAAUCUGAAAAUAAAAGGCAGCAGACUUUCUUAAUUCAUGUUUGUGAUUAUAAAUUUAAAAUACAUUAAAAUAUAAAAAUGAUUGUGUCCUGAAAUUAAAAUUCUUGUGUUGUAAAAGUUUAACAAAGUGUUGUGAAGCGUCUCUCAGACUGGUUUCAGUUUGAUUCUGUUUUGUGCUCACUCAGUAGUUUUGUCGUUAAUGAACGUCUAUAGAUUUUUUAUGCUGAAAACGAUGCUGGAAACUGAAUAACGUUUGAAUCCGUCCACUUUCUCCUCACACUCCUGUUUUCUUACUUAAAGUUUCUGUAUUGUGCUGAAAAUGAUCUUUGUUGGUUUGUUGGAGACGAAAGUUUAGAAGUUUAAAUCGUGUGUUUGUUAACGGGAUGAAACAAACAUCAGAAACCUCAGAGCUUAAAUUAAGAAAAUCCUGAUCACUUUGACCACCGGACACCAGAGGGGAUUUCUGGGUAAUGAGGUUUUCAACAUGCAGUUUCCUCCUGCUGCCACUUGGUGUCAUCAGAGUGUCACACAUGUUUACUUUCAUUGAGUAGUUUUCAGACCUGCAUUCAAAACUUAAGUAAAAGAAAAGUAACAGCAAAAGUAAAAGUAUUGUAAUAUAAUUAUCGAUGCAUUCAUGUGUUUAUCUGAAUAAUCUGAGUUUAGUAAAGUAUCUAAAGCUGUCAGAUAAAUGGAGUGCAGUUAAAAGUAUAAAGUAGUAUAAAGUGACAGUACUUAGGUACUUACGUAGAGUACUCAGGGUUCCCACGGUCAUGGAAAAUCUGGAAAAAUCAAGGAAUUAUGUCGUGUAUAAUGAAAUAAAUUGUCCACAGUAAUCUGCAGUUGAUAACCUUCCACAUAGUAUAAAACCAACAUAACCAACCGACUCUGGAAAAGGUUUCUUUCUACAUUUGGAGUCAAGUAUAAUAAACAGGUCUGUUAGUGAUAUACAGUGUGCACAGUCAUUGAAUUUUGUUAGUCAUGUAAAAAUCAGUAAAAAUAUGGAGGAACCCUGAGCACCUUAGUGAAUGUUCUUGAUUACUUUCCUCCAGGUUUGGGAGUCACAAACGUCAGAGUCACAGUGGUUCAGGUGGGGCUGAGGUACAGUUCAUGAUUUAAAAAAAAAUUGCAAAUGAGGAAAGACUAAGACGUGAUGAAGAUAUUAUAAGACAGCUGUGAAGCCAAGAUCCAAAGUAGAUUUAUCACCCUCCAUCCAGGUCUUGAGAUUCUUAUUAAUUUUGGCAGUGCCAGGCUUCCAUAUUCAGCCCCCUCAGUGUCAGGAAAACAUAAAAACAUGCCGUCAUGUUUGGUUUCCUUCCUGUGAUGUAACGCUGCAGCUGGUCGUUGAUUAUGAAUAAUCAAAGUGAACAGAAGGAGCUUCAUGUUUCAGCAGAGAGCAGAUGUACUGACAGCAGACGAACACCAGGUGGCAGCAGACUCUGCAGGUUUAACAGGUGACGAGUAAAAGAAGCCAAACACCCAAAGUGUUGUUUAUUUUUGCUCUUAUCUUCACUUCCAGAGAUCAGAUCCUCUAAAGAGUCAAACUCUGGAGGUUUCUGUAGUUUGUCAGGUUUGUGAUCAGGAACACAAACAGCUGGAACCUUUUUCAUCCCAAAUAUUAAUGUGUGUCUCCAGAAAACCUGAAAACACUGAAGGAAAGCUGGAAGCUUUGUUCUCUGAAGGGAAUUCUUCCUUUCUUUUUUUUGGUCGUUUCCAAUCGGGAACAAUUCUUCAGUGAGCGUUGGAGCUUCAGUGUGAAACUUUCGAUGGAUUACAAACACUGAUGCUUCUGUUUGUGCUGUUGGACAGAUUACCCUCCAGGAAUUAGUCUUAUACCGCUGGAAGCUCUCAGAGACAUAAAGAGAGAAAGUCUGACCUUUUGAAUGAAGCUGUUUUUGUUUUUUCUCUGCGGUCCGUACGUGGAUCAUCAAGUCUGUUCUUCAGUGGCUGAACAGACUGUAAGGACUCAUUAAAACACCACAGAGGACUUUAAAAACACAAAUUUCAAAGGUACUGACAGAAUCAAAACUACGGAGCCUCUACGGAGAAUUACAGCCAUGUUCUUUUGUUUUUUUGUUUUUUGUUUUUUGUUUUUUACAUCAUGCUCCGAAAGGUAUUACGUAACCUCACUCCUUUUCUUGAGAUCAAAAUGACAGAUUCUCAGCUUACCAUGUGAUAACCACAAUCGUCCACGCUCGUCGCUGGUUGCAUCAGUCGAUCCGGAUCUCGGUCCUCAUCACAGGUCACAAACUUUGGAUUUAACUGAAACGUAAAGAUCACAGCUAUGAGAAAUCUGUCUUAGUCCACAGCAGCUGCAUUCCUGGAGCGUCUUUGAUGUCGGACACAGUAGACUCCAGCACACUGAGGGCAGUGACACUGUCCUCGAGGUUGGAGUCAUUAGCACUUCAUUAGCACUUACACGUCACUGACAUCUUGCUUGUGGUGGUGGUUCCCAGUUAGAGAAGGGAGUCAGUUCAGGUGGUUCGGACCCACAACACACCCGAUCUUAUAAGCAGCAUUUCCAACUCUUUCGGUACAGUACCCUCAGAACCGGUCCGUAACCCAGAUGGACUUGUACCCAGACCCGAGAUCUGUUUAGCGUUUCCUCCUCAGACAGUACUCUUAAUUGUAGUUGGGGUUGUUUCCACUCUCGCUGUAUAAACACUUCACUGACGAUGCAGAGGAAUGUUUGCACCUCAUUGAUUGUCCACGUGAUGACGUUACACUCCAGCAUUUUCAGAACAAAAAAGAACGGGCUGGUGUGUUUUUAGAGUCUGUGUCGCAUUCGGUUGGAUGUUUGAAAAUACAACGCUUUUCAAGUAAGAGUGAUGAUUCUCUCCUGACCAGUCAAUGGACUGCAGGGUUCCUAGCCCCGCCUUUCAGUGUGCACAUUACCUCAACAGAGAGUAACAAAUGGGACAGAAUGGAGCAGUUCUAUUGGUUCAUCCACAUUUUUCACCAAAGGAAACACAAAUAUAAUCGUUCUAAUGUGUAACGAGCUAAACUGAACAGAACCGACUGCUUGGUGGAAACGAGGCUCAAGAUCCGCCGCAGUGAGCUCAAAGGAUGUGGCUGCCUUUUUUACUUCCUAUUCUCGUACAGACUCAACAAGUCUUCAUCUCUGAAGCUCAUAGGUCAUUUAUAUACUCAGUUCUGAUUGGGAAAAGAGGGUCCGUUAAUCAGCUUUUCCUCCAUUUAGUUUGACGUUCUGUUUCAUCAGAGAUUGAGAACCAGAUGAUUGGUUGUGUCAGAGGACGUUUGCAUGACUUUGAACCUUCCUCAGGUUCCUCACGUUCUGCAGCUGGUCGACUUUUGAGACUUUAAUUUUCAGAGAGACACCAGGUUCAAUUCAAAUUAAUGGCAUCUUGUAAAAACAAUAGAUGGAUGGAUGACGCUAAUAAAAUCCUGGACUCAACCUGUGUCAGAUUGUACGACAUCAGUUUUGAGGCUGUCAGAUGUGUGCGAUGAAGGUGUUGUGAAUCGUCACACUACGUUGGAAACAUCGGCUCGCAUCAUCCUUCUGCAUCACCGUCAUGUUUUUAAUCGUCCAAACUGGGACCAGGACCUGUCGUCUGUCUGUGACUUGCUGCAAACCUUUAGUUUCAUCGAUCGAUGACGAUCACUUUCAAAAUGUCAACAUUUCACUGAGAGUUCUCGAUUCCACGAGUACCUUUGAAAUUAUUAGCGGACCUUCACACAUAAAGACCUCUGUGGUUCGUUUGACCGUGAAGAUCGGAGAGGACAUCUGACUCAGUCCGUCCUUCUCUUCUUUGUCUUCCAUCAGACGGACAUCGACACGCUGGUUGAUGCAGGAGGAAUCUAUCGAGUCACUAGCAGACAGCAGGGUUCAGAUUCAUCGUCCCCGCUGAGCUGUUUGACCCCCGCCGGGUCGUAUUUACUCCCUCAAAUAUCCAGUAACACUUGUGUACAUCGGGUGUAUUUGUCGCACUGUGCAAUAUAAAGCAGCAUAGGAUGAAUUUGUCUAAAAGUCAUGGCCGCUUUCAGCUCUUUGUCUGUGUCCAAACCUGUAAAUAAAUGUACAAGUUCACAUUGAGAAGCCAUAUUGUAGUUGGGCUGAAUGCCCGGCUAGCGCUUGCUGCGUUUUAGGGCACUUUGUUUUAGAUAUUUUAGAGUGAGAGCAGAUUAAACCUCGUCAGAGAGGUUCAUUCCACCACUUUAUUUAUUCUGUUGGUUGUCGUCUCCGAUCGACGACGAAGACCGAGUUUAGUUUCUGUGAAAGUUUUUUGUUUUUCCGGCUUUGCUGCGGUCUGAAUGUUCGCCGCCGGCUCGCCGAUCGAUAGCUGUACAUACUGUCCACAUCCUGUGAGGUUUUGGUCGUAGUGAAACACAAACAACAUGUUUGUAUCAUUUUGAAGGCUUAGAGGCAAAAAUAAAAAAACAACAUUUUGAAAACAAAGUCUGAAAGUCUUUUAUUCAAAGUUUCAGAAACCGUGCGCCAUUUAUUUCUCACACUGAUAUUUAACUUCCAGGCUGCUUGGUUAUUAAAAAGAAACCACAUGAAUACACAGUAUUAGUAAAAACACACAGCCUCAGCUGGAAACGCUGCUCCUGCAGAGCAACAAGGUUUAUGUGUAAACAUCAGAGAAAUAAAAGAUGUUCAUGUUGCACAGCUAAGAGUUCGGAAUAUAUUUCACAACUUCACUUUUUCAGGAGAGACGCCAUUUAAGAAAUGUAGAAGGUGCAUAUUCAAAAUGUUCUUAAGUUAAAAAUAAAAACACUCGAGGUAAGUUUAAAAUUAUUAAACUGUAAAUCAUAAAUAUGACAUUUAAUUCUUAUAUGUCGAAUGUGACUUUUUGCUCUUACAACUUGAAGUCAUAUUUAGACUAUGAAAACAUUUUUAACUAAUAGCAAAAUAUUUUUAUUUAUCUGGUUUGUUAUGUCAAAGUUUUAACAGAAGAAUAAAAAUUGUCAGAUGUAUCUCACAGUUUGGAAUUUAAAUCUCUAAAAUUAAUUUUUAUUUAACUGACUUUAACUUUCUUAGAACUUUUUUUUAAACAUUUUUAACCAAUACUAAAAUAUUUUUAUUUAACAGGCUUUUUAUUGCAUAAUUUUAAAAUAGUCAAAAUUUUGACCUAUUUCAUUAUUUUUUACAGAAAAAUGAACAGUUGUCAGUUUUAUCUCAUGAAUUUGAAACUUUUAAAUUUAUUUUGACUGUUUUAUAAUUUUCAUUUCACUGAAUUAACUCUCUUCUAACUUUUUUUAACCGGUUUAUGGUCACAUAAUUUUAAAACCGCAUAUUUCAUAAUUUAAAUAAAACCAAGUUAAAUUGUCAUGAUGGUGACCUUAGUGUGACCUUAGUGUCUUAUAAUUCUGCUGAAAUGUUUUUGUAUCUUUUUAUUUACGUCACCAUUCUAAUUUUAAUCAUAUUAAAUGACUUACUAUCGAAUAAUUUUGACAUUAAAAGCCCAAAAUUUAGACUUUUUAAGGCGAGACAUGGCAGACAAAAACAUCGAGUGGUCAAUUUUUAUAUUUUGAGCAAGUUUACUUCUUGAAUAUGUGUUCUUUCAAACUGCUGUAAAGAAAAGAUUCAAAUUAUACAUUUAGACGUUUAUUUGAUCACAUUUUGUCCACUUGCAUAAUGUUAUGUUAUUAUGUAAAUCUUUGAAUGCCGUUUUCUCAAAAUGAGUUUUUUGUCAUACUCGUAGUCGAACGUCUCGGCCUCUGUAGCACCUAUGUACACCAAACUUUGCAGUUAAACCCAUAGCUAUAUACUGAAGAUAUUUACAGAGGGGUUUGUUAAUAAAUCAUUCCUAGCCUGAUUUAUGUUACAUUUUAUUCCCAAAAAUAUGGCGAAAAUCGAUUUUUUUAAGGCUAUGGACAGUAUAUUUAGAUCUUCGAGGUAAUAAAGCAGAAAUCCUUAAAUCCCUCUGUAAUUUCUUUUUUCAUCAUAUAUGUAAACAAAAUGAAAAAAUAAUUUUGCACCUGGCUUUAUCAGAUGUUCAGAUUUAUCUUCCUAAAAUAUAUGCAAAUUAGCACAUAUUUAAUGAGUGAUGCUAAUUUGCAUAAUUAAACAUUAAAAUUUUAAAAACUUGAAAUAUUUUUUUUCAUACUAUUGUAAGUAAUCAGCUGAUAUGAUGAAUUUUAAAAUGUUACUCUCUUCACCUGCAGUGUCUCACCUUCAGUAGAAAAUAUUUCUAUAAUGUUGCUGUUUGUCUUAAUUAUUCUUAAUUUUGUCUGAAAUAUUUCGAUUAUAUAAAACAAAAUGUAUUUCUGUCUCAGUGUGACUGAACAAAUUAGAAAUUUUCCUUCAGUAUUUUUUAUUUUCAACAUUCAUAACAUUUAACAUUUAAAAUCUUUUUCAUUCUGGCAUCAACGAGAUCAAAGUAUGGACAAACAAAGAAACUGAGAACAGGUGAGUAACUGAUGAUGUCACUGCUCUGACUGAGACAGGUGAGACGUGCUGCGUUCCAGACCAGACAGAAAAAUCAGAAAUCCCAUUUUCCUUCGAGAUGAAGAAGCAGAUUGGCGUGAGGUCACAUACACACACUCACACGCUCACACGCACGCACACACACACUGUAAACACACACAGAUUUAUAGCUCCUCUUCAUCGACACGUCUCGACUUUGCGUUCACUUCCU